UUAGACAUCAAAAAUGCCUUCUUACAUAAUGAUUUGGAGGAGAAGAUUUAUAUGGAUCAACCUCCUGGGUUUGUUGCUCAAGGGGGGUCUGGUCUUAUAUGUAAAUUGCAAAAGUCCUUGUAUGGCCUCAAACAAUCACCUCGUGCUUGGUUUGGUCAGUUUAGCAAAGUUAUACAAAAAUUUGGAAUGAUCCGCUGCGAGACAGACCACUUUGUCUUCUUUAGACGCUCAUCGACACAUAGAUUUAUCUAUCUUGUUGUUUAUGUAGAUGAUAUUGUGAUUACAGGUGAUGAUCAGGAGGGCAUCAAGGCUCUGAAGCAACACUUAUUUAAACACUUUCAAACUAAGGAUUUAGGUCCCCUACGUUAUUUCCUUGGGAUUGAGGUCGCUCAGUCAAAGUCCGGAAUUGCUAUUUCUCAGAGAAAAUAUGCCCUUGAUAUUCUAGAAGAGACCGGACUUACAGAUUGUAAGCCAGUUGACACUCCCAUGGAUCCUAAUGUGAAGCUUAUGCCUAAUCAGGGGGAGCCUUAUCCUGACCCAGGGAGAUAUCGGAGAUUAGUGGGCAAAUUGAAUUAUCUCACCAUGACCAGACCUGAUAUAUCCUUUCCUGUCAGUGUUGUAAGUCAGUUUCUUAACUCUCCCUGUGAGAGUCAUUGGCUUGCAGUUGUUCGAAUCCUUAGAUACAUCAAAAGAUCACCAGGAAAAGGACUUGUUUACAAUGAUAGAGGACAUACAAACAUUGUUGGAUAUUCAGAUGCAGAUUGGGCAGGUGAUGCAAGUGAUAGGCGGUCAACAUCAGGCUAUUGUGUCUUCAUGGGUGGUAAUCUUGUCUCAUGGAAGAGUAAAAAGCAAAGUGUUGUUGCACGAUCAAGUACAGAAGCAGAAUAUCGUGCUAUGGCUCACACCACAUGUGAGCUCUUGUGGCUAAAAUUCUUAAUUCAAGAGUUGCAGUUUUGCAAGGUUGGUCAUAUGGAACUAGUUUGUGAUAACCAGUCAGCUUUAUACCUCUCCUCUAAUCCAGUUUUUCAUGAGAGAACAAAGCAUAUAGAGGUUGACUGCCAUUUCAUCAGAGAAAAGAUUCUCUCCGGUAUCAUCAAGACCUCCUCAGUUUGCUCCAAGGAUCAACUUGCAGAUAUCUUUACUAAAUCUUUACGAGGUCCUAGAAUAACAUAUAUAUGUAACAAGCUAGAUGCAUAUGAUAUAUAUGCUCCAGCUUGAGGGGGAGUGUUAAUAUAAUUCUGUUUAGAUAUACUAGUUUAUCUUCUCCUAAGUUCUAAUUUAGUUUCUUUAGUCAGUUUUAUCUAAAUCUCUAAACUUUAGGGAUUGAUUAUAUUUUAUGCCUAUUUAUUUUAUUGUACUCAUUCAGAUUCAAUAAUAAGAAAUUAUUCAUAUUCAAGUGUAUGCAUGUGUCUGGUAAAGAAAUUCUGUGGAGCAAUAUGUAGUUUAAAGUCAUUCACCUUAAGCUUUUAUUGCUAACUUUGAGGAUGGUUUUUGUAUGAUGGAAUAUUUCAGGAAAAAAGGGUAUAUCAAGUGAGAAUCUCUUGGUUAUUGACUAUUGUGAGAAAAUGAGAACUACAGAUCUAGCUCAUGCAACCAUACAUGGAUGAUUAUGAUUAAAUGUUUGUUGAUGGGUUAUAUGAUCACUUAAAAGAAUCAUGUGCAUAUAUUUUUUAAUCUAGAUCAUUCAAAGUAUGAUCUAACAGUCUAUAUUUAUUAUUCUUAUUUCUCAGAAUAAUAAGAGUUCUUACUUGAUACAUUGUGUUACGCUACUGGAGAGAAAACCAAAACUUAAGGGAAUGCUAAACAAGAAUUGAAAAUUGAAAUUCAUCACGAAACUUCCAAGAGUAUUCUGAACAAUAUAAUAAGAACUUAUAUGGGCUUUACACUUGGCCCAACAAAAGGAAAAUUCAAUUAUUUAGUGCAUUAAGAAGUCAGGUCCAUUUUGGAAAAUUUGUUUUAUGCUUGAGUCACAGCCUAGCCCGUUUCAUAUCACAUUGCCUUCAAAAAAUUAUGUUCAUAUGAUAACAAUUGUUUAUGUUUAUGUAAGGGUGAAGCGAAUAACUGUAAAUCGGUAUUUCUAAUACAUUUUAUGGUUAUUAGUGAAUGUUGAAGUCAGCAUUAGAAUGUUUUGCUGCUUACAUAUUUCUGAACUUCGCUGGGGUCUCUGUAUGUAUUUGUUAUUAGAAUUAGACUGAUCAAUUGGUUAAAUUGUAUCUUCUUGGUUUAGCUGGCUUCUAAUAGAACAAAUGUAUACAUGCUUAUCUUUUGUUUCAUGUUUUUGGUGCAAUCUUUAAAACUACUCAACAUGAUUACUUCUUCCUUUGUACUUGGAUAAUAUUUUUUUUCUU